GGAAAAGAUGGAUCGCUCAUUGUUGAUGUCGGCCUAGAGAUAACAUCGAUGUCAAUAGUGCCAAAUACGAAUACAAUGAAUGUGGAUGUGAUCAUAACAAGGACAUGGAAUGAUCCAUCACUAUAUUUUGCUCAUCUGCAACCAUGCCAUCCAUACCUCAAUCUCAUUAGCCAACGGAACAAUCUAUGGAUACCUGAGUUGUCAUUUCCACUUUCGAACGGCGCUUAUGAGCACGAUACAACUAUUCAGUUAAACAGGGAUGGCACUAUCGUGCAUUCGACAAGGUUGGUACCCAAGGAUGCUUGCUAUUCGAAUGGCUUUUGUAGCCAUAUAAGCAUUGAUUUUGCUGAUACGCUAAAAAUGAUGAGUGGUGAAGCGGUAUAG